AAAAUAGCCUUGAAGUUAUCUCAAUUCCAGAAAAAUCUCACUGGUUUCAAACAAAACAUUUGAGCUGAGGAGUAGGUGGACCAUUGAAUGAGAAGGCUCAAACAAAACAAGGAUACGGGAUGCUGAAACAGCCACUGGUUGACCGACAACAGCAACAAGGAGAUUCUUCUUCUUCCACUUCUCACCCUACAUCUCUCAUCAGAUGUUUGUAUAUUGCCCACUUUUUCGCAAGAUGGGAUGCCAGAAUGUGGGAAUUCUCAGUUGGUCUGUAUAUGAUCACUUUGUGGCCAGAUUCCUUAAUGCUUGCCGCUAUUUAUGGAGCUAUUGAAUCGGCCUCUACUGCAUUUUUUGGCCCCAUCGUCGGACAAUGGGUGGAGAGGUCGACAUAUGUUAAGGUUCUCAGAAUCUGGUUGGUGACCCAGAAUCUUUCAUUCAUGGUUGCUGGAUGCACAGUAAUUGCACUAAUAGUAUUUUCAACCUUGAAGACAACAAAUUUUACAGCAUUUAUCUUGCUUGUGAUAUUAACCAACAUAUCUGGAGCAGUUGGUGUGCUUUCCACUCUUGCUGGUACUAUCCUAAUAGAAAGAGAAUGGGUAGUGGUGAUAUCAGAGGGCCAGCCUCCAGGUGUACUAACAAAUAUGAAUUCAGUGAUUCGACGAAUUGAUUUAACCUGCAAGCUUCUGGCUCCAGUGGUUAGUGGCUUCAUAAUCAGCUUUAUAUCAGUUAAAGCCUCUGCUAUGACUUUAGCUCUCUGGAAUACUAUAGCAGUUUGGAUGGAAUAUUGGCUUUUUACGUCUGUAUAUAAAGGGAUUCCAGCCUUGGGCGAGAGCAGCCAAAGAAAGGUCUUAAGAUUUUCACAUAGCGAUCAUGAAGAGACUGCAUCUCUUUCCAGCCAACAAGCGAGCUUACUUUCUCAAAAUGAGGAAACUUCAGCAUUGGAAGACAAAAGCUGGAGAAAGAAAUUAAGCGAAUGGAUUUCCCAGGCUCCUUUUCUUGGUGCCUGGAGUACUUAUUUACAGCAAGAUGUUGCGGUUCCUGGAGUAGCUCUGGCUUUGUUAUACUUCACAGUUCUCAGUUUCGGCACCUUGAUGACAGCCACCUUAGAAUGGGAAGGAAUUCCUGCAUUAGUACUUGGAAUAGCACGUGGAGCAAGUGCUUUGAUUGGCAUAGGCGCAACGCUUGUAUAUCCAAUCUUGCAGUCUCACAUCCAUACUGUCAGAACAGGACUCUGGUCAAUCUGGUCUCAGUGGAGCUGCCUGUUAUUAUGUGUAGCUUCAAUAUGGGUCCAAAACAAUCUCUUGUCAGCUUACAUGCUGAUGGCUGGAGUGGCAACAUCUCGCCUUGGCUUGUGGAUGUUUGACCUAUCUGUGAUUCAACAAAUGCAGGAUCACGUUCCUGAAUCUGAUCGUUGUGUUGUUGGGGGAGCUCAGAAUUCUCUUCAGUCUACUCUGGAUUUGUUGGGAUAUGUGAUGGGAAUAAUUAUCUCAAACCCACAGGAUUUCUGGAAAUUGAUAUUAAUUUCUUUUUCGACGGUAACAUUGGCUGCAUUGCUCUAUAGCAUACAUGUUUAUCGAGUGAGGAAGCACUUGUUCCAUUUUGAAAAGCUUUUAGUAUUGGUGAAGAAGAUGAUGAUUAUGAUAAGUUCUCCUGAAAAAGGAAAUGGGUAUUCAGUCUUGAGUGCAUCGCCAUGUUAAUUACUUGGAGAGAAAGAAGCGUGGUUGGAGAAUCGUAAAUUUCUGAUGAGUCUCAUGUGAGAUAAAAAUAAUAAGUUUGACUGUACUUGAAUUUGACAUUUUUUAAUUUUUGAUAAAUUUUUUAGUUUUAAAUAUGAAGACAGUGCAAUAAGAUAAAAUAGUUAUUUUUUUAAUGAAAAAAAUAUUAUGAAACCUGGUUCCUGGUUUUCGG